CGCUCUCUCCCUCCCUCUCUCUCUCUCUCUCUCUCUCUACAAAAGAUCAAAGCUUUCUUUGUUUUCUCUCCCAAUUCCAAUCUCUCUCUGUCUCUCCCUCUCUCACAGAGCCAUGGCCACUGCUUCAUCUCUGACCCUAUCACAAGCUAUCCUCGCCAGAAACACCAACCUCCACCGCCGCCAUGGCUACAACCCACCAACCAUCGUGCCCGCCCUCUUUCUCCCCACCUUCUCCGGUCUGAAGUCCUCCUCCACCUCGGUCUCCCCCGCCGUAUCCGCCGCGAGCCACCGCCGUCAGACCUCCGGCCGCCCGGCAAUCCGGGCAUGCGCCACCGUGGAGACCGUCGAGAAGACGGAGACCGCCCUGUUGGAGAAAUCGGUCAACACCAUUCGGUUCCUGGCUAUCGACGCCGUCGAGAAGGCUAACUCCGGCCACCCUGGCCUGCCCAUGGGCUGUGCUCCGAUGGGCCAUAUUCUGUACGACGAGGUGAUGAGGUACAAUCCGAAGAACCCGUACUGGUUCAAUCGGGAUCGCUUCGUUCUCUCCGCCGGCCACGGUUGCAUGCUCCAGUACGCCUUGCUUCACCUCGCUGGCUACGACAGUAUCAAGGAAGAGGACUUGAAAGAAUUCCGUCAAUGGGGAAGCAGAACCCCAGGUCACCCAGAGAACUUUGAGACUCCUGGUAUUGAAGUCACAACUGGCCCUCUUGGUCAGGGUAUAGCCAAUGCAGUUGGUCUGGCCCUUGCAGAGAAGCAUUUGGCUGCUCGUUUUAACAAACCAGACAAUGAGAUUGUCGAUCACUACACUUAUGUGAUAUUGGGGGAUGGAUGUCAAAUGGAGGGGAUUGCAAAUGAAGCUUGUUCUCUUGCUGGUCACUGGGGACUUGGAAAGCUUAUUGCUUUCUAUGAUGACAACCAUAUCUCUAUUGAUGGCGACACGGAGAUUGCUUUUACUGAGAGUGUUGACACUCGUUUUGAGGGACUUGGAUGGCACGUUAUCUGGGUGAAGAAUGGGAACACAGGUUAUGAUGACAUCCGUGCUGCCAUUAAGGAAGCAAAGGCUGUUAAAGACAAACCCACAUUGAUCAAGGUGACCACCACCAUUGGUUGUGGCUCUCCUAACAAGGCAAAUUCGUACAGUGUACAUGGUAGUGCACUGGGUGCCAAGGAAGUUGAUGCCACAAGGAAGAACCUUCGAUGGCCCUAUGAGCCUUUCCAUGUUCCUGAGGAUGUGAAGAAUCACUGGAGCCGCCAUGUCCCUGGGGGUGCUGCUCUUGAAGCUGAAUGGAAUGCCAAAUUUGCUCAAUAUGAGAAGAAAUAUAAGGAGGAAGCUGCGGAGCUGAAGUCUAUUAUCAGUGGCAAACUACCAGCUGGUUGGGAGAAAGCACUUCCGACGUACACUCCAGAGAGCCCAGCAGAUGCUACCCGGAAUCUCUCUCAACAAUGCCUGAAUGCCCUUGCAAAGGUUAUCCCUGGAUUCCUUGGCGGCAGUGCUGAUCUUGCUUCCUCCAACAUGACCCUGCUGAAAAUGUUUGGGGACUUCCAAAAAAACACGCCGGAAGAACGUAAUCUCAGGUUUGGUGUUCGUGAGCAUGGGAUGGGAGCCAUCUGCAAUGGGAUUGCCCAUCACAGCCCUGGACUCAUUCCCUACUGCGCAACUUUCUUUGUUUUCACCGAUUACAUGAGAGCAGCCAUCAGGAUUUCUGCCUUAAGUGAAGCUGGAGUUAUCUAUGUUAUGACUCAUGAUUCAAUUGGACUAGGAGAAGAUGGGCCGACACAUCAGCCGAUUGAACACUUGGCAAGCUUCCGUGCAAUGCCCAAUAUUUUGAUGCUCCGUCCAGCUGAUGGAAAUGAGACAGCCGGGGCAUACAAGGUUGCUGUCCUGAACAGGAAGAGACCGUCUAUCCUUGCUCUCUCCCGGCAGAAGCUGCCCCAACUUGCUGGAACUUCGAUUGAGGGAGUUGAGAAAGGUGGAUAUAUCCUAUCAGAUAAUUCUUCUGGCAACAAGCCGGAUGUUAUCUUGAUGGGUACUGGUUCAGAAUUGGAAAUCGCUGCCAAGGCAGCUGAUGAACUCAGAAAGGAAGGGAAGGCUGUAAGAGUUGUUUCCUUUGUUUCCUGGGAGCUAUUUGACGAACAAUCAGAUGCUUACAAGGAAAGCGUUCUGCCAGCAGCUGUAACUGCCAGGGUUAGCAUUGAAGCUGGAUCAACAUUUGGUUGGGAGAAGAUUGUUGGAAGCAAAGGUAAGGCUAUUGGAAUCGACCAGUUUGGGGCCAGUGCUCCAGCGGGGAAAAUCUACAAGGAGUUUGGCAUAUCAGCGGAGGCCGUUGUUGCUGCAGCUAAAACAAUUUCCUAGAUUCCUCGACACGGGGUUCUUGGUUGCUGGUUGUCACAUCUAAAUUUCUGCCUUAGGGUUCCGGGUUUGGAGAUUUAUAGUUCAAAAGCCAUUCUUAAAGAGAUCUGUCUCAGUGCAUCAUAUGGCCUCGUAACAUUUCACAAUAAAACAAGGGGUUUUCUUGCUUCGAUCUUCGUCAGUAGAGUAGCGAAGUCUGGAGACUGAACCGGUAUCAAAAAGAGAGGGAUUUUAUGUUGUAAUCUGUACCAACUAUUGGAUCUGUCCUGAGUUUUGUAACAUUUUGUGGUUAAUUUGUCAAUGAGGUUUCACUUUCACAACCCCCUUCAA